UUCACAGUGAAAGAGGAAAUUCCAGCUCGACACUGAAGUCUGACAACACUUCAAAAAGUGCACUUCCUCAUAUAAGUGCUUUAUAGCGGUCACACCAAUGCCUGCAUGCUGUUGGAAAGAAGAAUGUAAUCCGUUUCUUUAGCGAAGAAUAAACUCAAGCGUAUGACAUUACGUUACAUUGGAUCCACGUGAUCAAUACUUUGUUUAAGUGGCUCAGACAUGGAAACAACAUCACAGUACACACAGGAGCUCACAGGGCAGCCGCCAUCCCGAAACUGGAGAAGGAGCCUCAGCUUUUCAUCUUUACGCAUUAAAAAAAGCAACACCAAUAUUGAAGAGGAUGGAUUUACUCGGCACAGAAGCGCAUGGUCCUUUUCAUCAGCUAGAGAGCUUUCAAGACGGGGUACCAUCCCAGUUGACGAUGGGGGUGGACGACCAAAAGCACUCAAGAGGCUAAGUGCCAUGUGGUCUUCUUUCCGCAAGGGCAAAAGAGAUAGAGUGAAAGACCAAGAUCCUCCAGAGCCAUUGGGCCUGAUAGGGGAAGACAAAGCAACUAGGCAGCGACGUUUUGUCAGUGGUCAGUACUUUUUUGAGUACCUGGUGGUGGUCAGCCUAAAGAAAAACAAGGAUGGCAACAGCUACGAACCUCAGAUCACCUAUCAGUUCCCUAAGAGGGAUGGGAUGGCCAAACAUCAAAAGGAAGAAGAGGAGCGGACACUAAAAGCAAUCACGCUCUUCUGCUUCCCAGAGGGUAUCAAAUGGGCCCCUUUGACAGAAUAUCACAGUGAGACCUUUUCGUUUGUGUUAACGGAGAUUGACGGGAGCCGAAGAAAUGGAUACUGCAGGCGUCUACUGCCUGGUGGGAAGGGGGCGCGUCCGCCUGAGGCGUACUGUAUCAUCAGCAGCUUGGCUUGUUUUGGCCUGUUUUCCAAGAUUUUUGAUGAAGUUGAGAAGAGGCGGCAGAUUUCCAUGGCUAUGAUUUACCCAUUCAUGCAGAAAUUGCGGGAGGCUCCAUUCCCAGCUCCAGGAAACACUGUGGAGAUUAAAAGCUUCAUUCCUGAGUCGGGCACUGAGAUUAUCCGACUGACGCGGCCGCUGGACUCCUGGCUGGAACAUGUCAACUUUGAAGUGCUGUUCAGCUGCCUCACAAAUGAGGAGGUGCUACUAGUGUUUGCGGCUGCUGUCCUUGAGAGACGGAUCAUCUUCAUCGCUGAUGAGUUGGGCACUUUAUCGCAGGUCAUUCAUGCAGUAGCAGCCCUUCUUUAUCCUUUUACCUGGCAGCACACCUUUAUCUCCAUAGUUCCAGAGAUCCUAAUUGAUGUCGUGAUGGCACCCACCCCAUACCUGUUGGGAGUACAGAAACGCCUGCUUGACCUGGUUACCGACCAAAGCGAUCUACUGAUAGUGGAUUUAUCAGAGAACAAAAAGGAAACCUUCAUUGUUUCUAUCGGUGAUGAAGGCUCUAUUCUUCCCCCAAAACUGCAAAGUGAAAUCCGAGAGGCACUCAGUCAGAGAAAGAAAGCUUCAUCGACAGAAGAUCUGAACCAUUUGGUGUCGGAGGCCUUCCUACUGUUCUUUGUGAAAACAGUUGGUCAUUAUAUGUCCUAUGUGAAAUGCAGUCAGGCUGGAGAGCAGAGGGCGUUUGAGAAACGAAGCUUCUACAAGGCCAUCGAGUCAAAAACAACACGACACUUUGUCAAGAAGUUUAUCCAGACUCAGAUGUUUGAUCUGUUCAUCCAGGAGGUGGAGCAACAGCAGACUGGACCACAGCAGGGAAUAUUUCACAAAAAGAUUGUGGAAUACCAGGAUAAGAAGAAAAAGGAAAAGACCAAGAAACACUAGUUCUCACAUAGACUGUAUAUAAUUGAGUACGUAGAUAAUGAAUGUUGCACUGUUUUUAUUUGUCAUUUUCUGUUAAAUACUUAUCUGCAAAGUGACAUACUAUAUUGCUGCUACUUUGUCAAAACACUGGUUUACAGUCUAUUGCUGGUGAGCUGGAAAUAAUUUCAAUCAAAUAAAGACUUUUUUUUUUUCUUUU